GCUAGUGUGGCAAAUAAUACAAUUAGAUUUUAUGUGAUUUUAUUUUUGUUUUAGUUUCCUCGUAAUGAAAUAAAAAUCUUUUCUAUUUGUGCUGAUCAGAAAGGAAGAAAAGAUCAUAAAAUAAAUUAAAAGUCAGUACAUAAAGAAGUAAGAAGAAGAAGCAAAUUUAAGUUAGUUGAAUCGUGCAAGGGUCGAAAACACAAGCAAAAGGAACAAAAAGUAGCAAAGAAAAUCAAUAGUUUAUUGAAGGAACACACAAUGUUCUUUCGUGUUGUGAUAGAAUUGUGAAAGUAUAAUAUUCAUAAUUUCAUAUUUUAUAUACAUACCGAUGUUAUAUUUUUGUUUCGGUUCUACGACUGUGGCAUAAUUCUUACUACAUGAUUCGGAUGAAUGAUUCAAUGAGAGUUGAAUAAACGACUUCUUGAUGAGCAUUUCUUUAUGGAUUAUUGAGAAACAAAGGCCACUUUCGAGGGGGAUAUUAUGAAUAUAAUAUGGGUUAUACAUGCAGUCAACCAAGCAGCGCAUUAGAAAAUGAAGUGACAAAUAAAAAUGCAUUAGAUUUAAUAAAUUCUCCUAGUCGCUCUAAAGUGCAUCCAAAGAGCAUCAUCCAUUUAUUUAAAUGGUAUUUAAAAACCAAAUUACUAAAACAUCAAACUAAGAAUCAAGUGCAAGAUGGGAAAACAAAUAGUUAUGAGAUCUCAAAAAUUAGUAAAAUUAAAGAUAUUAAGAUUAAUCAAUAUGGUAAGGAUCACGUAGGACGCAAUAAUAAUAGGGAAAAUGAAGAACAGGAAUUAUCAUCAUUAUCAGCAUCAUCUUUAGCUUAUAGGGAAGAUCAACGAACAGAAUCAUUACGAAAAAAUAUACGUACGUCAUCGACGAGUGCAAGGGCGCAAUGUACUCUUGCUACAACACCAUCAAUAAAGGCCACAGGCUCCACUAACACCACAUCUAGUUCAAAUAUUUCAUGUAGUCACUAUAUAGUAAGGCAAUCAAUAUGCUUAUAUGCAGCAUCAAGUGUGAUAUUAGCUUUAUGCUAUCUUACGACACCAACAUCAGCAGAAGCGGCAUCGCAUCCUGUUUUUUCCGAUGGAAAAUCCGAUAAGGAAAUUCUCGAUCAUCUAUUAAAAAACUCAAGAUACGAUAAACGACUGUUACCGCCGGUGUUCGAUGCAGACUUCUGCUGUAAUUUAAAAUCACCAACAGAAAUGGUGUCAAAUCAGACAUCCUUUAAAGGAUAUCCUGGUCGCUCACAUAGUCGUGGAACUUUAACUGUAAACGUUAGCGUAUUAUUAUUAAGUUUAGCAUCACCAGAUGAAUCUAGUUUAAAAUACGAAGUUGAAUUUUUGCUGCAACAACAAUGGUUCGAUCCGAGACUGAGAUAUGCAAAUCAAUCGCAAUACGAAUAUUUGAAUGCAAUACAUCAUCAUGAGGAUAUUUGGCUGCCCGACACGUAUUUCAUAAUGCAUGGUGAUUUUAAGGAUCCCCUCAUACCAAUGCAUUUCGCCUUAAGAAUUUAUCGCAAUGGCACAAUCAAUUAUUUGAUGAGACGGCAUCUUAUAUUGUCGUGUCAAGGAUCCUUGAAUAUAUUUCCAUUUGAUGAUCCACUCUGUUCGUUUGCACUAGAGAGUAUUUCAUAUGAGCAAUCAGCCAUAACAUACGUUUGGAAGAAUGAUGAAGAAAUUUUACGAAAGAGUCCUUCAUUGACGACGCUCAACGCAUAUCUCAUACACAAUCAGACAAUUUUAUGUGAAGUCAAAGGAAGCUGGAGAGGCAAUUAUUCAUGCUUGAGAGUAAAUCUUCGCUUCACACGAGAUCGUCACUUUUAUUUCACAACUGUAUUCAUACCGGGCAUUAUACUUGUAACAUCAUCCUUUAUAACAUUUUGGCUUGAAUGGAAUGCAGUGCCGGCAAGAGCUAUGAUAGGCGUAACAACAAUGUUGAAUUUUUUCACAACAUCAAAUGGAUUCCGAAGUACACUACCAGUCGUAUCAAAUCUAACAGCAAUGAAUGUGUGGGACGGUGUAUGUAUGUGCUUUAUUUAUGCAUCACUACUUGAAUUCGUUUGUGUCAAUUAUGUGGGAAGGAAGCGUCCAUUACAUAAUGUUGUCUAUCGACCUGGAGAAAAUCCUGUCACUCAGAAUGAAAAGAAGAGAGAUGCAAGUGGACCGAAUGAGAUAGUAGCAUGUACAACUUGUGGUGGGAAUAGUCCGUGCACACAUUCGGCAAAUAAUGGAUGUGCAACUGAAACGUGCUUUGUACAAGUGAGAAAGAAAGAACCCCCACAUCCAAUCCGGAUUGCUAAGACGAUUGAUGUUAUUGCAAGGAUCACAUUUCCAUCGGCGUAUGCUGUAUUUUUAAUAUUUUUCUUCAUUCACUAUAAAGGGUUUUCAUAAUGAUUUAAAACAAGAGAAAUAUUGUGUAUUCCUACAUAACUUACAUAACUGCCUUUCCACCAAAUAGACAUCGAGAAUGAAUUAACUAGAAACAAUCCAUAAAAAUAAAUUCAUGCCAUGUAUCCAAAAUAUGCAUCCUUCCAAAAAAAUAAAAUAAAAAAUAAAAGUACAUAGAUAUUUAAUGAUUAUUGAUUACACAUUUGUAGCAAAUAUGUGACAAGUCGAAGUUACGUUUAGACAUAGCCGAGCACAAAAAUUAAUAAAGAAAAAAACUUACACGUAACAAUGAAGCAAAAGCUCUUCGCCAUAUUCAAUGAAUAAAUGAAGUCUAAAUAACAUGAGACAUCGGAACAGAAUGAGAAGAAAUUUUAAAGGGAUAUAAAUUAUGGAUGGAGUGUCAUAAGCAUCACGUAUUUCUCAUAUCUUUCAUUGUAAAAACGGAUUUUUUUAUGUAAAUGAUGAUUAACGACAUGGAGGAUGUCAAACAAAAAGAAGCAAAAUAAAUUCUAGAGAAAUUCCUAAAAUAAGGAAUAAAAUCGUAUGGAUGAAAAAUGCUCGAAAAUGCAAAGCGAACACAAAUUAUGAAUAGAGAAAACAGCACAUUCACUUAGAGCAAUAUAUUAAGUAGAUGAAAAGUCGAAAGCUUUUUCUAAUUUUUGAAAAUUGGACCAAACCUGAUUCUAAAGAGACGAAAAAAUAAAAAAAAAUAUGAAAUUUAUUUCUGCAUCAUAAUGCGUGUGUGUCAAAAACCAUGA